AUGUACAAAUAAUUCAAGAGAUGUGAUUAUAGGUCUAAGUCUCUGCCAAGAACAAUUCCUUUGCUUGUUCAUAAGUUUAUAAACACAAGAGUACGAUAUGUCAGAAGAAAUGCAAUCAAGGCUUGUGCAUCUGGACCUUUGGAAACUCCAUAAACUAUUUCUCGUCGAAAAUCUUGUUAAGGAGAGAUGUUUGGGUAUUUUAAAUCAAGUAAGGAAUGGAUGUAAUUUGUUAAAAUUGAUAAUCCUUAACAUCGUAAUUAGAAUUUAGCAAGAAUUGUAUUUUUGAGACUCAAACAUGGGAAUUCACAAAGUCAAUCAAAGCGUAUUCUUUCUUUAAAAUAAUGUAAAAAUAGAAAUAUUUUGUUAGGCUUCAAAGACUAAGUAAAUUUGUUACGUAUAUUAUCAACAUUUAAACCAAAAGUAACAGUUUAAUAAGUUGAUCUUGUUAAUCAAUCAAAGAAAAUUAAUAUGCCUCCUUUAUCAUCUCCAAAAGCUAAAGUGCAUACUAAAUUGUUCCACUUCAAUAAAUCAAUUACAAUAGAUCAACCUCUCUUUCCAAAAAAGAUCCAUAGAAAUUGGAGUUAAUUGGAGAUGUUAUCACCUUAAAAGGCAAUAACAUAACCAUCAUCCAAUUAUGUAAGUCCAAGGAAAUUCAAAAAAUCAAUAAUGAACAUAUACGGAAUUUCAAAUACUUUGCAUCUCUUAAAGUACUGA